AUGUCGCAUCGACAACCAUCUGAAGGGCUUCCAGACACCGCCAUGGCUCAGGACGAAGCUAUGCGUGACGAUUCGUCGGCUCGCAAGUACAACAAGACCUCGUAUCUUCAGAAGCGUACCCCACCAGAAGGCUACCCUGUCGAACCGGCAGGCUCUUCAUCUGCAGCGCAGUUCACAUCUAACAACGCUGAUGCUGGCCAACCCUACGACCCUGUCGCAGAAUACCGACGCGGACGAGCCCUGACUGCUGACAACCUGGAACGCAUCCCGAACGCAGACCAGCUUGCUCCCGGCAUUCGUCUCCCAGGCAGAGUGAUCGACCCGCACGGAGCUGAUACCGACAUGCAGACCUCUUCCGACGCAGAUGAGGGCGCGCAGAGCUUGGAAACCGGCCAUACCAGCGUCGGCGCCUUUGGCGAAGGCGGAGCUCCUGUACCUGGCGUCCCGCCUGAGCUCGACCCCAGAACGCCCGCUUUCCGACCUCACAGCCCCGGUGAAGCCUCCGUGUUCUCCGUCGCAGUCCAGCCUCCAGCCUCGCCAAAAGCGAGCAUUAUAGAACCAUGCGAGCCAGCAAGCCCCUAUGUCGAGACUACACCAUCCCGAAGCUCCACCGUCGACCGCCAUGGUGUUCCCGUCAGCAGUGCUUCUGCUACAGCAGGCUCUUCUUCUUACUCUGCAUCUGCACGUGGUUCGUCCCCACCCCUGUCAGCAGGCUAUGCACCGUCAGAAGCCUUCAUUACAGCCAUGCGACUCGGUCCUGGCCCAAGCUCGCUCGGCCGCAACGUGGCUAGUGUAGCACCUUCAGAAGCAGGCAGUGUCUCCUCCACAGGCACUGGAGGACGAGGAAGCACAGGUACAGCCGAUGACCAGGAAGUCGCCCUCCGCGCAGCAUACAUCGAACGACAACGUAUGCGAGAACGAGAGCUUAUGGGAGGAGAAGCCGGUGUCGGAGGCACAACUAUUCCCACUUUCGCCCUUCCCGCAAGAGAUAGCACUCCGCUGGCAUUCGCACCAGGCCUAUCGGCUCGUUUGGGCGGCGGCGGCGGCGGCGGCGGAUCUUCAAGCACCGCAUUCGAAAAUGGCAGUCGAGCAGGCAGUACAGCUGCUACUACGGGUACUAGUACUCCUCCACUCAGUCCUACUGGAAGCGAGAUCCCAGAUGCCGUUGCUUCGCCUUCCCGCCGCGGAAGCGUGGACAGUACAGAGACGCUGGGAAGCAUACGUGCACCGCCCAGCGUGCAGGGCUUUGAACUGGGAAGCGAGAUCGAAUCUCGUCGUAUGAGUCGUGGUGGCAGCUCGGCUGGGUUCGGCGAAGGUGGUGCGGGGAAUGACUAUGCGCGGCGAGGAAGUGAAGGAGGGAUAAUUACGAGUGCGAUGGAGGAAGAUGAACAGCCGGUUUUACGGGGCGAGCCUGGGGGUCUUUGA